AUGUCCAGAAAAACCGAACCAGCGGCUCUAUGGUGGGACGUGAACUGUGGCGACUAUGUUGCAGUGAUCUCCUAUGGCUUCACAACGGCUGUGGUCACCGAAAGAUCUUCAGGAGUGUUCAUCUCUCAACAUUCAGUGGUCGAGUUCGGCGAUAAAUCAUACAUGAAUCAUGAGGUCCUGGAGCGUAUACUUGAUGGAAGAGAGAAUCCGACCAAUCUAUCGCUCCCACUUUCGAAGGAUAUCACAGAAAAUUUCUCGGAGGAUCGAGAAAUCGGCCAUGGUGGAUUUGCAACUGUUUAUAAGGCGUACCCACAGCUGAAAGCUGCCACACAAGAUCAGAUAGCAAUACAAAUUGAAGGAUUGAAAGAGCGUAUUUAUGCUGAGGUACGAGAAAGACUACUCUGUUUUGAGUAUAUCAGCAACGGAAGCCUGACAAAAUAUAUUACUGAUGAAUUACGGGGACUUGAAUGGAAGACAUGUUAUGAAAUUAUUAGAGGCAUUUGUGAAGGUUUGUAUCAUCUGCACAAGGAAAAGCAAAUAUAUCAUAUGGAUAUGAAACCUGACAAUAUACUACUUGACAAUGAUAUGGUGCUGAAAAUCACCGACUUUGGUUUAUCGAGGCUUGAUGAAAUGACGCAAACCAUGAGUAAAGACCGUCUUGGAUCACUAGGAUAUUGUGCUCCUGAAUACUGGAGCCAGGGAAAGAUGUCUUUCAAAUCAGACAUGUACAGUUUAGGCGUUAUAAUUAUUGAACUAGUGACUGGACAAAAGGCGCUCCCCAUUAACAAUAACAAGGUACUUAGGAGAUGGAGGCAUAGAUGGAGGAAAACAGGGAAGGAAACACAGUUGGUUUACCAGCAAGUAGCAAAAUGCAUCAAAAUAGGGUUACUAUGCCAGGAAAUUGACCCGUCCGAACGGCCUUUUAUAUGGGAUAUCAUAGAUGAUAUCAGACAAGCGGAAGGUGUUAAUGGGUCAAUCAGAAAUGACUCUCAAUAUAAGUUUGGACAGAUAAGCCCUUACUCGGAGGACGAUGAUAUGCUUGGAAUUGAGCCGCUCGAACUACAUUUUUCUUUCCAGCUUAACAAACAGAUGUCAUGCACCAUUCAGCUAACCAAUGAGACAGGCUCUUACAUUGCCUUCAACGUCGAACAUAUGAACCCACUGUCAUACUGUGCACAGCCGCAGAAAGACAUUAUACCACCACGAUCCAAGUGUAAUGUAGAAAUAACAAUGCAACCGCAGGCCAAGGCACCGAGAGAUCAUACCAGCGAAUUCACUGUUUGGAGCACCAAAGUGAAUGAUGGCCUUGCCAUUGAGGAUAUGGCUACAAUCAAGUUCAUUAAAGAGGCAAUCAAUGUGGUCGAUGACGUGAAUUUGGAUGUGGCUUUUGACAUCAGUGAGCCACAAGAAGCAAGUGAGAAAACAAGUGUGCAGACAGUCCAACCUUUAACACAGAUUACAGAUGAUGUAGCCCGUGCGAUUUGGUGUAUGGAUGCACAUCAGACAGAGCCAUUGAUUAUAACUGGUCACCGAUUUGGUGAUGUUCAAAUUUGGAACUCUGACACGCAGAAAGUGGUCGAUUGGGUUAAGGCCUCAGAGGAAGCAUUAUCCAUUGUUAAAUUUAUUGCACGAAUACGGUGGCUUGUGGCUGUGGCAUAUGACUGUUUCUUCCAUGUGUACAAGUAUGAAAAGGAAAUCGAAAAGGUCACGAGUUUCAAAGUUCACGGUUAUUAUGAAUGGGGGAGGUGUUCAUUAGACAUCCAUCCGACCCAGCCGUAUGUGCUGUCAGCGUGUCAUAUGCAAGUAAAGCUUUGGGACUGGGACCAGGACUGGAAUUGCAUACAGACAUUUGAAGAACAUUCAGAUAAUAUUAAUGAACUAAAAUUUAACCUAGAGGACACCAACAGUUUUGCAAGUGCUUCAGAUGAUUGUACAGUAAAGGUUUGGAGUCUUGAUUCUCCCAAAUCCAAGUAUACUCUGCCUGGGCAUUCACAUCACGUGUACAGCGUGGAUUUCUUCAAGCGUGAUGGUCAGCAGUAUUUGAUUAGUGGCUGUAAAGACAAGACUGCCAAGAUAUGGGACUUGCAGAAGGAGUGUGUUCAUACACUCCAACAUGAAUGUGACGUCAAGUCAGUCUUUGCCCAUCCCAGUCUUCCACUUCUAAUGACAGGUGGUGAAGAUGGUGCUGUUCGUGUGUGGAGCUCCACUGAUUUCAGGCUGAAGACAAAGCUUGGUGUCAGUAUGCCGGUUCGUGGUUUCGCAUGUUUGACCGGGUCAGAAAGGGUUGCAAUUGCACACUAUUACGGAAUGUCGGUGAUGGAAAUUGGUGAUGAAGAACGACAAGGUGGUAAUGAAGGCAGCCACGAGAAUUCCACAGCAGCUAUAGAUUAUGAGAAAAUCCAACGCCAAUCUGAGAGGGCUGCCAGUACGUUCUUCGAUCCUGAAAUUUGAACGACUGAUUGGAGAUGAAUGGUACUUCUCGAACCAGAUCUAGUCAACUGUCUCGCUAUGGGGAAGCAGGUGGCAACAACUUGCGUGAAGAAGAAGAUGAUUUUUAUAAGUUUCGAACAUUUCUCAAAACAGGCAUAAUACUUAUAAAUUCUGCCCAUUUUAUAAAAUUUGAAAAAAAAUCUAAAUAUUUUUGUAAAUUAUUUAUUCACGGAAAUAAUAUAUGUAUAUAAGGGAAAAUGGAAAACGAAAUAUAACAGAGAAA